UCUCCUGAAGGCGGAGGGACAAGGACUAGCCAGGGGCUGGCAAGGGCAGUGGUCCCUGAAGCAGCCAUGGGGGUCACCUCACUGUCUCGGCUGGUCCCUCGGUGCUGGGGACGCAGUGCAAUCCCUCUCAUUAUCUUCACGCUACUGCUUCUUUAUCUCUGGGCUCAGAGCCUUCGUGAGUGGCCCCUUCCCUCACCUGCUCCAGGAGGAAUCCGGGACUCCAGGCCCUCAGAACCUAAGGCCCUCACUGCUCUGUCUCGCCCUCCAGGCGCCCUCUCAGGCUGCCGAUCCGGGACCCAGUCCUGCAUUGCCAAAGGACUACCACCUUUCCAGGCCCAGCAACAGUCAGGAUCCCUGGAACGGGAAGAGCCUCAGUGUCUGAGCCCCCACGGGAUGCUGGGCCGCAUAAUGAGGCCGUUUCGCGCCAGUCUGAACCCCAAAGGGGAUGUGGAGUUGUCGCAGUACCUGGCAGGGUGGAGAGAGCUAGUCAGGUUCCUAACUCCCCUCGGCUCUGUCUUCUCUUUCGCCACAAGCGAGGCCUUCGCCAAAGUGACAGUCCUCGAGGCUCUGGUGCACGGUCCAGAGGCCGCUCACUACACGUCGCUGGCGACCAUGGUGGCGUGGGAGAGGCCCGGGGUCGCCCCUCGGCACUCGACCCGGAACCCGGGUUCACGAACGAUGCUCUUGCUGCACCGUGCGCUACGCUGGUCCCAGCUCUGCCUCCACCGGGUGGCAACCGGGCCGCCCGGAGGCCCGGACGCCGGCGCCCAGUGCAGCGACGCCUACAGCACGGCCCUGGCCCCGCACCACCCCUGGCUGGUCCGUCAGGCCGCCCACCUCGCAUUCCUCGCCUUCCCGGGUCGCGGCCGCUUGCUCGAGCUGGCGUGUCCGGGGGUCAAAGAGGCAGAGGCGCGGGCUGCGCUGGCCCAGGCGGCGGGCACUCUGGAGGACGUCUACAACCGUACCCAGGGCUUGUUGGCCGAGCGCCGCCUGCUCCAGCUGGCCUGA